AUGGCAUCUCGUUUAUUAACUUUUCAAACACCUCUGAAGGCUCUCACGUUGAAAUCUGGCGUCAUCCAGGUAAUUUUCGAGACAAAAAACACCUUAGACGCAUUUGACGAAUUCGUUCUUUCGUAUAAUCUCUAUUACUUUUGUACAGGUACCUAAGUAUUGGAAGUCUUCCGCUGCUGCACCAUGCCCCGCUUAUCUAAACGUUCCCGAAACUAAAGUCACCACGCUUGAAAAUGGAAUGCGAGUAGCCACCGAAGACAAUGGUUCACAAACAGCGACUGUUGGCUUAUGGAUUGAUGCUGGUUCGAGAUGGGAAACAGCAAGCAAUAAUGGUGUUGCCCAUUUUGUCGAGCAUAUGCUUUUUAAAGUAAGCUUGAUUAACGAUGAAUAAUAUUUUUAGCAAAAGUGUAAAUUGUACAUGAAUAUUGUUUAUUAGCUGAUAUCCUUUUUUGUAUUCUUAUAACUGUCGUUGUUGAGUCAUAAUUGACCAGAAAUUUAAAUAACAUAUCUUACUUCAAUUUGUAUUUUUUAAAUCUUUUUUAUUAUAUAUAUUCUAAUUUUAUUCAAAUUAAUAUUUUCCAUUCAUUAUUACAAUUUUUAAAGUUAAAUAUGAUUAUUUUGUACAUUAAAAAAAGCACAAUCUAUAGAAGAAAAUUGGAAAACUAAAUUUCAUGGAUAUUUUAUCCUUGACAUUUCCAGUUAAGGGGUAAUUCAAUGUACAUUAUUUUAGGGUACACCGUCCAGAACACAGAACGCCCUUGAAUUGGAAAUCGAAAACAUUGGUGCACAUUUGAAUGCUUACACAUCUCGGGAACAAACUGUAUUUUAUGCCAAAGCUUUAAAAAGUGAUGUACCUAAAGCUGUUGAGAUUUUAGCCGAUAUUUUACAAAACUCUAAUCUUGGUAUGUACCCAAAAAAAAAUUAUAUUAAACAAUAAUAUCUAUCGAAUGUAUAAAAACAUAUAUAUACUACCGCAAAGAUUUUUAGUAUAGUACAUCUAUGAAAUUCUUUGAUAAUCCUAUCUCUCACAAAACCAGUAUUUAGGUACUUUUGAUACGACCAUUAUAUUAUUUUUUUUGUUUACUAGUUACCCUGGUAUUAUGCCAGACGGGACGACUCUGGUAUUAUUAUAUAGAAACUCCAGAUUCAACAAAAUUGUUUUUGGUUUACUUUUAUGUUUGAUUUUACAUUUAUUAACUGCCUAGAUUAAUUGACCAUUAGUGUUCAUAUUUAAGGAGACAUUUAUUGCAUUAUUUCAUAUCUCAAUAACUAUAAUGAACUUUUCAUCAUUGAUCAAUGCUAUACAAAUUUCAGCAUAAUUGCAGUUUGCUAUCACAUGAUUUUUUUUCGAUUUGUUUUUUUUUUUUUUUAAAAAACUUAAGUACAUCAAUAUUUUGAAAAUAUUGACUGAUCAUUAAUUUCGAAUUUAUAUGUCGUUUGAAGUUGGUUAUUUUGGAUAUUAUGUGUGUCAUCAAAUUAUUUUAUAUUGCAUUAUGUUUGACCUUGGUUGUCGUGGCCUAGUGGUGAUGCAUAUCUGUUAUCAUUUCAAAACUCGAGAUUGAACCUGUAUGGUUACUUUUUCUGCACUUUUUUCCAAUAUUUUAAAUAGUGCGUUAGAAAUUUAUUAUUUUUUUCACUGUUACCUACCUUGGCUAAACUGCAAUAAAUUGUUCUGAAAUUUUAUUAAAAUAUAUAACUACUAACUGUAAAUUCUAUUCUUUGUGGGAAUAUUCGGAUCCCCACUCACAGGGAGAACUAACAGUAAAUUGUAUACAAUUCAAAUGUCAAAACAAAUGAAAAUCAUUAAAUUAUUUGUUAUACCUAUUCCUAUUAAUGAGUAUUUAAAUUAUGUGGUUUGAAAAAAUAUGUAACAAAAUAUUAGGUAUACAAGGUGUCCUACAAUGUUAUCCUUAUGUUAAUAACCCUGUCAGUAUAUAUUUUUUUUUAUAGUCAGAUUUUGCACGAAUGGGACACAUAUUACAUAUUAUAUAAAGAAAAAUUAAAUUUGUUUUCAUCCCUUAAUCACUAAAAUAACUUUUUAAAAUUAUCAAAGUAGCCAUUUUGUAUUUUAUUUAUACAAAUUAAUAUUACCUUGUAUUAAAAUUAUAUUUUUACAUCAUAUUAUAUUUAUAUUAAUUUUAAACAUAGUCUGAUAUACACUUUUAUAUUUAAUAAUAGAAAUUAAUAUUUAUAAACUAUUAUAUUAUAGGAGAAAGUGAGAUUGACAGAGAACGUGGUGUAAUUCUUAGAGAAAUGCAAGAAGUGGAAACUAACUUACAAGAAGUUGUUUUUGAUUAUUUACAUGCUACUGCUUACCAAGGAACACCAUUAGGUCAAACCAUCCUAGGACCAACAGAAAAUAUUAAGUAAAACUAUAAUUAAAUUUUACUAAACAAAACUCAUAAUGAUUUUUUCUUUUGUUUAAUUUUAGUUCUUUAAAACGCAAAGACCUCAAAGAAUAUAUUGACAUAUUCUACAGACCAUGCCGUUUAGUAUUAGCCGGUGCUGGUGGAGUAAACCACGAAGAGUUGGUGGAUCUUGCCAAAAAAUUAUUUAAAACCCCAAAAGAUUUGAAAUUUGAUGCUGAAGUUCCAUCAUACUCAAAAUGCAGAUUUACUGGUAUUUUAUUAGUUCCUAAUUCAUAAUACUUAAAACAAAUCUUGAUAAAAGUUUUUAAUUAAUUAAAAUUAAAAUCGAUUGUAUUUAGGUUCUGAAAUCAAAUCACGUGAUGAUUCUCUACCUUUGGCACACAUUGCCAUUGCAGUUGAAAGCUGUGGUUGGUCUAGUGCCGAUAACAUACCUUUAAUGGUAGCAAACACUUUAAUUGGCUCAUGGGAUCGUUCUCAAGGAGGAGGUAGCAAUAAUGCUAACCGAUUAGCUCGGGAAGCUGAUUCAUUAGACUUAUGUCACUCAUUCCAGUCAUUUUUAACUUGUUACAAAGAUACUGGUUUAUGGGGAGCAUAUUUCGUAUGUGAUAGAACAAAGAUAUGGGUAAAUUCAAAUAUUUUUUUUUAUUAAUACCACUCUGUAACCAAUGUAGUUGGUUAAAUCGGAUCAUUCAUGGAUUAUUUAUUUUUAGGAAUUUACUUACCAUUUGCAAGAAGAAUGGAUGAGAUUAUGUGCUUCUGUGACAGAUGCUGAAGUAGAACGCGCUAAGAAUGUUCUGAAAACUAACAUGUUAUUACAAUUGGAUACAUCAACACAAGUGUGUGAAGACAUCGGUCGUCAACUAUUGUGUUAUGAAAGACGUAUCCCUCCUCAUGAAUUGGAAGCUCGUAUUAACGUAAAUAAAAUAUUUUUUAUUUAAUUAUUUUAAUGCUACUUCUGAAUUAUCUAUUUUUUUUUUUAUUUUCUAGGAUAUCAGCGCUAAAGACAUACACGAUAUUUCUCUGAAAUAUAUCUAUGACAGAUGUCCAGCUGUUGCUGCUGUCGGCCCAGUAGAGCAAUUAGUUGACUACAACGAGUUGAGAUCCAACAUGCGUUUGUUAGUUUUGUAA